AUGCCUCAGGCGACGGGCAAAGUUUACGCCAUGACAGGAGCAAAAGCAACAACCUCAGGUAACCUUCUUAUGGGGUAUCGUGUGAUUAUUGGGGUGAAGUGUUGUGUUCUGUAUGAUUUUGGAGGGACACACUCCUUUGUGUUAGAUGUUUAUGUGAACUUGUGGUAUCUACUCCGGCGUCGGGAGUUAGAGGUGAUCUUGGGGAUAGAUUGGCUCUCUGCCAAUCACAUUCUUAUAGAUUGCCGAGAAAAAAGGUUACUGUUUCCCGACUCAAAGGAGCCUAAGUUGGUAUCAUCUCAAAGGGUUAUGAAGGAGUUGCAAGAUGGCGUAUAG